AUGACUGAAGUGAUAAAAAUAGGUCGCAAAUCAAGGCUAUUAUGGAUAAAAGCUGCUGAUGAUCCAUCUGCAGCUGAAUGGGAACGAAUAUUCGACGGUUAUGAUGCCACAGUGGAUUGGCCAGCUGCUCGUUUCUGGAAAACUUUAAUUCAAUAUUAUCCGGAUGCUAAAGUCAUUCUGAAUGUUCGUGAUGCUGAAAAAUGGUAUGACAGUGUUAAAAAUACUAUAUAUAAACUUGCUGGAACUUUUCCUGAUGGUACUACCGUGUAUAAAGGCUCAGUUCCACCUGCUAUGACUACUGAUGCUGUGAAUUAUCUUCGUGAUGGAAACGUUAAAAUGUUUCAAGUCAGCGAGACCAAAACAUAUCCUAAUUUAGCUAAUCUCUAUUUUGGAAUGAGAAAAGAAUUUCACACUUGGCAUUAUUCUGGCGGUAAACUCUUAACUGGUUGCUGGACAGGUGUCACUGUUUAUCAAUAUAUCAAUCAUCCAUAA